AUGGCGGACACUUUUGAUACCGCUGCCAUGAGCGAAGCGCUCCCUAGCGCCGGUCAGAAGGACCAAUCCGCAACUCCCGGCACUCAGGGAUACGAUGCGUCCCAGGGGAAAUGGACUGAGCCCCAGGCGAUCGACUAUUCCUCCAUGACUUCCGGUGGCGGUGACCAGCAGUGGGGUUGUAACGCGCGUGCCUAUGCCUGGCAGGAUGAGUAUGGUGAUGUCGGUCCCAAGUAUCCUGAGCUAGAGCUCGAAUUGUUCGGAGAUCCCACUACUCGCCACGACCGAGUUGGACUCGACUUCUCUCAAAUCGAGAGCAUUGAGGUUCAGCAGGAGGGUCCGACUAAAAUCGAUCCCAUCGGCUCCUUCAAGGACGCUGGCGUCCAUCCCGCCAUGCUCGAGAACAUCGAGCUUUGUGGCUAUGAGAACCCGACGCCCAUUCAAAAAUUCACCAUUCCCUCUAUCCUAAUGGGACACGAUGUCAUUGGCAUCGCGCAAACAGGAUCCGGCAAAACUGCUGCGUACCUUAUCCCCAUUCUCAGCAAGCUCAUGGGCAAGGCCAAGAAGCUUGCUGCUUUCCGUCCCAACCCAUUGACGUUUCGCGAGGGCCUCGACGAGGUCACUGCUGAGCCACUUGUACUCAUUGUGGUUCCCACUCGUGAACUGGCGGUUCAAAUUUUCAAUGAAGCUCGUAAGCUUUGUUAUCGUACCAUGCUCCGUCCGGGUGUCGUUUAUGGGGGUGUUCCUGUAAAGGAGCAGACCUGUCUCCUGCAGAAAGGAUGCGAUGUACUGAUCGGAACACCUGGUCGCCUGGUGGACUUUAUUCAACGCCCUAAAGUCUUGACUCUGCGACGCCUGCGUUAUAUGGUGAUUGAUGAGGCCGACGAACUCCUGAAUGACGACUGGUCCGAAGAGCUUAACCCAAUCUUGUCCGGUGGUGAACAGGAUGAAGGCAACGUCAAGUUUAGCCUUUUCUCUGCCACGUUCCCCAAGGCCGCUCGUGACCUGGCCAAGAACUACCUCGCGGCUUCUCAUGUCCGGUUCCGUGUUGGCCGCGCCGGAAGUACCACUUCCAACAUCAAGCAAAUUGUUCUGCAGGCUGAAGCCCCCCAGAAGAAGGAACUGUUGGUCAAGCUACUUGAGGAAAUGCAUGGUAUUCGUACCAUCAUUUUCGUGAACAGUCGCCAGGCCGCAGAUAACUUGGACGACUUCCUUUUCAACAUGCAUUUGCCGGUCACAUCGAUGCACAGUGAUCGGACCCAGCAGGAGCGAGAGGCCGCGAUGCGGGCUUUCCGUUCUGGAAAUGCUCCGAUUCUCAUUGCUACCGGAGUGACUGCCCGUGGCAUUGAUGUGCAGAAUGUCCUGCAUGUCAUCAACUACGACAUGCCAUCCAUCGACUACGGCGGCAUCGAGGAGUACACUCAUCGGAUUGGCCGAACUGGUCGCAUCGGCCAUCGAGGUGUGGCCACAUCUUUUCUUUCGGAGCGUGAUGAGCCCAUGGCCAGUGUUCUCACUCGAACACUCCUGGAGACUAAUCAGGAGAUCCCUGACUUCCUCCAGCAGUACGUUCCCGAAGGUGAAGCUCGCAACAAUUUGAAGUUUGAGGCAGAUUCUGACUUCGACCCCAACGAUUACGCUGGGGCUGGUGACGCUGGCGACGCCUGGGGAGAGGAUGCUGGCAACAAUGCCGGCAAUGCCGCUGGCGGUGAUGCCUGGGGAGGUGGUGGUGAUGGCGGCAACACUGGUGGCGGGGGUGCUUGGGGUGCUGAUACCGCUGCUCCCGUUGAAGCUUGGUAA